CAUCAACUCAACUAGUUCAAGUCUUCUAAACAAUGCAAUUCUCAACCAUCGCUCUCACCGCUACUGCAUUCUUCUCAGCAUCACUCGCUGCUAAGCUCGAAAUGAGAGCUGGCGACUGUUCAACUGAGAACGUCAAGUGUUGUGACCAAGUCAAGGACGCCUCAAGUGUCGACACCGCAACACUCGAAUUGCUCGGUAUUGAUGAACUCGCUGGUCAAGUCGGUCUUGAAUGUACUCAAAUCGCUGCUCUCGUUGGUGUUCCAAUCCAAGACCAAUGUAAGACCACCGCUGCUUGUUGCGACCAAACUACUCAAAACGGUUUGGCUAACUUGAACUGUGUCCCAAUUUCAGUUAUUUAAGGAUAGUUUUAUGCUUAAAAAACACCUCUAUUGUACUUAAUUUAAAAGAGUGAUAUAAUACGG